AUGGUGACACCGCCCCGCGCCCUGCGCCCCCCAGCCCGGCGAGAUGAAGGCGGUGACGGGCGCGGUGCUGCUGCUGCUGCUGGUGCUGGGUCCCGUCCAGGCUGCGCUGUCCCGGCGGGAGGCCCCGGCCGAGGGCGCUGCCGAGGUCCCGGCCGAGGACUUCUUCAGCCGCCACCUCCAGAGCUUCUCGGACUUCAUGACCAAGGACCUGCCCCAGAGGCUGCAGGUGGAGGAGAUGCGGAGCCAGGCAGAGGCGUACCUGGACCGGGCCAACAAGCAGCUGACGCCGCUGGCGCAGGAGCUCCGGAGCAACGUCCUGGGGCUCUUCUCCUCCCUCCUGGACCUGGGCAAGAGCAAGGAGCAGCCCUGAGCCCCCCGUCCCCCCGUGGCCACCGGACCCCACUGCUGCCCCCCCCCCAAUAAACCCCUUGAGUUGC